AUGCUUGUGUUGUACGACUAUAACAGUAAUGCCAUCCAUGUUGAACUCAUGAAGAGCAAGUCCGGCGCCAAGAUCCUUGCCGCUUACCAACGCGCCCACUCACUCUUCACCCAACAAGGCCUCCAGCCUCAAAUCCAGCGUCUAGACAACAAGGCGUCUACCGCUCUCCAGUCCUUUAUGACGGCCAACCAGGUCGACUUCCAGUUGGCUCCUCCCCAUCUACACCGUCGCAACGCCGCCGAACGCGCAAUCCGUACCUUCAAGAAUCACUUCAUUGCCGGUCUAUGCAGUACGAACCCGGAUUUUCCGCUUCAUCUUUGGGAUUGCCACAUUCCACACGCUAUCCUUACCCUCAAUCUCCUCCAAGGCUCCCGCAUCAAUCCUACCCUCUCGGCCCAUACCCAACUCCAUGGGGCUUUUGAUUAUAAUUGCACCCCACUUGCCCCUCCCGGCACUCGCGUCCUUGUCCACGAAAAGCCCGCCGUUCGGGAAACUUGGGCACCCCAUGCUGUUGAAGGCUGGUACCUUGGCCCUGCCAUGAACCACUACCGCUGCCAUCGCGUUUGGAUCACAGAGAUGCGUGCCAAACGUGUUGCCAACAUGCUUGCAUGGUUCCCCAGUAAGAUUCCCAUGCCCACCGCCUCCUCCACUGACCGCGCCCUGGCCGCCGCCCGUGACUUAGUGUGCGCCCUCCAGAAUCCCUCUCCCGCCUUGCCGUUUACGCCCCUCGACGCCAACCAACACCAGGCCCAUACCCAACUUGCAGAACUCUUUGCUUUGGUUGCUGCCCGGGGCCUCUUCCGCAGCCGCACCCGCUCGAGCGCCCCCGGUCCCGCCCCCUGUCUCACGCCUACCCCUGCUCAGGUCCGCUUUGCCGUUCCAAUUGUCACGGCCGAGCAUGCCCCUGCCCUUCUGAGGGUGCCCACCCUUGCGCCCCCAUCUCCGAGGGUGCCCCCCACAGCCACCUAUCACUCUCGCACAGACAAUCCCGGCCGCCGCCGUCGCAAAGCACGCCAGCCCCAACCCUAG